AUGUACAUGCCUACUCAGACACUGAACCGCACUGAGUUCAAUGGGACUUACUCCGAGUUGGGUCUCGGAGGUGACACGAGGGCCUUGCAGAGGACUCUCUUCCCAGCGCAGAGACAACUUCAGCAAGGCAGAAGAUGGCUCACUCUGAGAGACCUCAUCACAAUACAGACUACAGACAGAGGGAGAGCCGAUAUAUUGAAGAAAGAAAUAGGAAACCAUAUCCUUCAAACGGAAGGAAUCUUGCAGUUCGUUGAAAUCACACUUAACAUUUUGGUGCUGGUUUGCAUAGGAGCAGCUCAGGCAUCCAUUUCCGGCUUCACCUCCAUGGGAGGCCUGGGCUCCUUCAACAUCAAUUCCGCCUACAGCCCCUUUGAAGGGGUAGAGUUGCAAGAGGUGAGGGACCUGGACAUGCAGUUCAACCAGAUGAGAGCUCCUUGCGUCUACGGCGGCGUGGCCUUCAGCCUAACGCUGCUGUGCCUUACCAUCCUCUUCCUCGUCGCCGGAGGGAAGCCCAUCCAUCGCCUCUCGGUCCGGUUGCUCGUCACGGAAUGCGUCUUUGACGUCCUCGCUUGCCUGGCGUACAUAGUGGCCGUGGGCCUCUACCUCCACUUUGUCCUGCAAGUCAACGCGACGGAGGUGUGCAAGAAAAGAGAGAGGCUUUACGCCAGGCGAGGCUACACAUCCAUGAACUGCAGCGUGCAAGGCGGAGAUGCUUCCGUGGCCCUUUUUGGCCUCCUGGUGGCUUGCCUGUAUUUCGCAAGCACUGUGGUCUGUUUCCUCACCAUUCGGAGCGUACGGGAGUUCCAGAGGCAGGCGGCGAAGGUGCAGUACAGCCUUGAAAGGACCUACAGCGAGGGAGACCAGCACAAGGCCUACAAGAGGCCAGAAAGCAUCGACGGGGCUAGGACCUUUGCCACCCUGGUGUAGCCAACGCUAGGAUGACACUGUGAAAAAACACAUUGGGAAUGGAUUGUUUUCCUGCUGCUGAAAGUUAGCCAUCAAUCGGAGUUGCCGAACUGCAUUUUUUAAGUCGAGCAGCAUUAUAUAUUUUGUGUGUGAAAAAGGAAAUGUUUGUGCAAGUAAUUCUAGAUUUCCUUACUGUGUUGAUGGGCUUGCUUUUAAACGGACUAAUUGCAUCUCUGCUGUGACUUGGUCUAAUAAGGACUGCUUCUACUAGGCUCAGUGAUGCUACCACUGGUUUCCUGAGACAGGCUUCAGGACAGCACCUGCAGUGAUAGGAGAAACAGGGCUUCUUCCGACAAGAGGUUGGAAAUGGAUCACUUAAGGAAAUGGGGUUGAAGGAAGGCAGGUAAGCAGCAAGGGGCUACCAGGGGCUACAAAGCACACUGGCCAAGAGAGAAGGAAAAAUGGAGGGCUCCAAUGCAAGAGUCUAAAUGACAUUGCUUUGACUAUUGUGGGCUUUCAGGUCCACUCAUCAGAAUCCCAAUGCACUCUGGCUAUAGGCUCAUUCCUCUGUCCCCAAUCGUAGCCAGUCUGGCCUAAGAAAUGUCACAAGGAGGGGGAAAUACUGCUUUGGGAGUUAUUGCUCAUUGGUAUACUACUGGCUCACAAGUUUAAUUAAUGGGCUUUCGCCUCCCUUCCCAAGAUUUGCCCUUUAUAUAUAAAAAAGCAGCAUUUGGUUAGUAGCCAUCUCAAGAUCCCGUAGCAAUGGAUUCCUUGAGGAGAAAGACAUUGCUUUCCUUUUGGGAUUGAAAUUCAUUGCCAACAGCACACUUUUUGCCCCCACCCUCACUGCUUGCUGUGGCUCCGAUUUUCCCCAUCUGCCAUGCUUUUUUUCAACCUGUGUUCAUGGGUUUCUUAUUGUUCCCUGUUGCGAUUUUGAAAUCUUUUAAUACUAUGGGUUUUUUGCCAAGUUGUUUUAGCUCUGCCCAUUACUAUUUGUGCGUUGUUUUUGAUUGCUGCUUCUUAAUGCAUUGCCUGCUCAUUGGCUGUUUUUACAUUUCUAUCAAGAUUUUUUUUGGUGUCUUGGCCAAAAAAAAAAAGGAUUAAAUGGCGUUUGCAAUAAAUAAAUGUACAGAAGUAAACAUGCACAUUUUUCUCCCUUCCCAAUAAGGAUGCAAACCUGUAACUAGAGAAAGGACAGGGAAUCAUUAAAACGGCUCGCAGAACAUAGGAUUUACCCAUUGA